AUGGCGCCUACCGAGCACACGAAGGUCCAGGAGCCGAAGGAGGGUCCUCCUCAGCUUUCAGAUGUCGCCGAUAUCCUCGACGAGGGCACCUUUGAGCAGAUCCUGGAAAUGGAUGAUGAUGAUGAGCGUGAUUUCAGCAAGGGCAUUGUCUAUGGCUUCUUUGACCAAGCCAAGACCACCUUUGAAAAAAUGGAGAAGGCUGUCAAGGAUGAGGACUUGGAUGAGCUUUCAUCUCUUGGUCACUUUUUGAAAGGCUCCUCGGCCACUCUGGGUAUGACACACGUUAAGGACGGCUGUGAAAAGAUCCAGCACUAUGGAGCCCGCAAAGAUGAGACUGGUUCUACAUCAGAGCCCGAUGAUAAGGUUUCGCUCAAGAAGAUUGAUACUACUGUGAAGGAUGUGAAGAUUGCAUACGCUAAGGUCGAACGAUUCCUGCGCCGAUACUACGGUGAGGAGCUUAAGCCCGAAGAAGAAAAGAAGGAGGAGAAGGAGGAAAAGGAAGAGAAGAAGGAGGAGGAGAAGGUGGAACAGAAGGAAGACGUGAAGAAGGAUGAGAAGAAGGAGGACCCCAAGGACAAAGAGCCCAAGAAAGCCUAG